AUGGGUUAUGUAUUGGAGGAUUUAGACAUACUGGGUGUCCGUGAUCUUGCUGAUGAUGCUGCUACAAUCUCUUUGGACCUUGAAAAGGAAGAAGAAGAACUUAACAAAGUUUAUGAUGAACAAAAAAAGAUAGCUGAUGAUAUGGCUAAAGCUGCAGAUCUUGCAAAAAUAGAACAAGAUGCUCUCUUGGCUAAAUUGCAAAACACUAGACAAUUGCUUAUGGAAAAGAAGAGGCAAGAGGAAGAAAAGCGUGCUCAAGAAGAAGAUGGUAUUUUGGACAUAGAGAAACAACAACAAGAAGUUGCUCAACAAGAUGUUUCACAAACGCAACAAGUUCAAGACUCACUCUUAGUAACAGGUGAGCUGCAAUCUAAUUAUGUUUUGGAAAAAAUUGAUGAUGGUUUUAGUUCUCCAACUAGAACGGCUAGAAGAUCCUCUCCAGUUCGAACUGACAAAGUUCUUGAGACUGCUAAUAUGUUUGAAACUGGUAUUGAAGAUAGUGAAGAUGAAGAAGAAAGCAUUGAAGUUGAUGCAUUGCCUAUUAAGGAAAAUCCGCCAGAUUCUUUGCAAUCUGCUAGUACUAGUAACGUAGAGACUGAAAAUGAAAAAUUGGAAUGGAGUGCCGCUAAAUAUGAGGAAGAUAAACUUAAAAGAGAGUUAGUUGAGAAUAAGAAGUUGGAUAAUUUGGAUAAGAAGGGCGCUGUUAAAACCGCGCCAAAAAAGAAAAGCAAACCUGGUGCCAAGCCAGUUGAGGAUGAUGGCCAAGUUGUUAGAAGAGGUAGAAGUCAGACACGCAAAGAAGAUGAUAAGGGUUUAGAAAGCCCUUCAAGGAGCAUGGUUAAUUAA